AUAACCAGUGGUGGGGUUUUCUUCUUUCACAGGUUAACCUUUACACACACUCAUAUGUCAUACACACACACAUUACACAAACUGCAAAAAAUCCAAAAACACCAAGAAAAAGAAAUUUUCACCCGCAGAAAAAGAAAAAGAAGAAGCUGUUGAUAUCUGAAAAUUCUGCUUAAUUAUGGAUAUUGCUUUAUCUCCUCACCCUUUAUUUCCUCGCAUUUUCAUUAGCUCAAGUUUUCACAGGCUUUUUGCGGCUCCUCAGAGUCUGGAGCUUGGGAUUUAUCGGCAGAGAUGGUUGAGUUCCACAUGUUGGGCAGUUGGGAUUGGUGAAGGUAACCUGUUUGAUGAUAGUCCUGUGGGAGGAAAUGAAAAUGGGUCGCUGUUGGGUGCCAUUGCCGAGUCAGGUUCAGCUCCGUUUGGAACAGUUGAUGCUGAAAUUACACCAGAGACUAUUGAUUUCUUUGUUAGUGAUGCAGAGGGUGAUCCUGACUGCCCUACUGAAGGUUACUCUUCAAUUGAGCAAGCACUUAAUACACUGCGCCAAGCAAAGUUUGUGAUUGUUGUAGAUGAUGAAAACGGGGAUGAUGUUGAAGGGAACCUUAUCAUGGCAGCAUCUCUAACUAGUGCUCAGGAUGUUGCAUUCAUGGUUAAACAUGGAUCGGGAAUUGUUUCUGUAGGCAUGAAAGAAGAAGAUCUCCAAAGACUAAAGCUUCCUUUGAUGUCACCAGAAACUGAAUAUGAGGACUCGUCCGCCCCAACUUUUACAAUCACAGUGGAUGCAAAGACUGGAACAUCUACUGGAGUAUCAGCCUCAGAUAGGGCAAUGACUGUUCUUGCUCUUUCAUCUCCAGGGUCUAGGGCAGAGGAUUUUAGAAGACCUGGACAUGUAUUCCCACUAAAGUACCGGAAUGGAGGAGUCCUACGGAGGGCAGGUCAUACUGAGGCUUCUGUAGAUCUGAUGAUGCUGGCUGGUCUACAGCCAGUUUCAGUUCUUUCAGCUGUUGUUGAUCCAGAGGAUGGUUCCAUGGCCUCUCUGCCUGCUUUGAGAAAGUUAGCUUCGGAGCACAGCAUUCCAAUUGUGUCAAUAACUGAUUUAAUCAGAUACCAGAGGAAGAGGGAAAAACUGGUUGAAAAAACUGCCAUAUCACGCUUGCCAACAAAAUGGGGUCUAUUCCAAGCUUACUGCUAUCGAUCAAAGCUAGAUGGAACAGAGCAUGUUGCUGUAGUAAAGGGAGACAUUGGCGACGGACAAGAUGUUCUGGUGAGAGUACAUUCAGAAUGUUUAACUGGGGAUAUCUUUGGCUCUGCACGCUGUGAUUGUGGCAACCAGUUGGAUUUAGCGAUGCAGUUGAUUGAAAAAGCAGGCAGAGGAGUUGUCGUUUACCUUCGUGGCCAUGAGGGAAGAGGGAUUGGCCUUGGUCACAAGCUUAGAGCCUAUAAUUUGCAGGAUCAAGGCCAUGACACUGUCCAGGCCAACAUAGAACUUGGCUUAGCUGUUGAUGCACGUGAAUAUGGCAUCGGUGCCCAGAUUUUAAGGGACAUCGGAGUGAGAACUAUGCACCUAAUGACCAACAACCCAGCAAAGUUCACCGGCCUGAAAGGCUACGGCUUGGCAGUCAUUGGCCGUGUUCCAGUCUUGACACCGAUUACCAACGAAAACAGAAGGUACUUGGAAACCAAACGAACGAAAAUGGGUCAUGUCUAUGGGACUGAAAUAGAAGAUCCAUUGGCUUGAGCUUGGCUUAUCAGACCAAAAUUUGAACAAACAGAAGAUUCAGUAAAAGGAGUUGAAAAGGGUAAAUGAGAGUUUGGCAACUGUAA